AUGAGCUGUUCUGUGUUGAGAUGGCUUCUCGUCUUGCUCGCCCUCACAGCUUUCGCCGCCGCUUCACUACAAGACGACUACUUGAGGUUAUUGAUACAAAACCAAGACCAACUCGAGGACGAGUCGAUGAGGCCGGCGUUGCGCGCUCGCCGAACUCUGAUGCACAGAUCCUCGCGAAAUGAUGGUCACAUUCCACUGAGAACCAUCUCGAAUCCCUCCGAUUUACCAAUGUUCCGAUUUGGU